AUGCGCCAAGCAACAGCUCGCUCCAGGGCCUCCUCUCCGAGACGAUCUACUGCAACCCCUACCUGCAGCAGAUGUGCCCCCCAGGCGACGUGGCGUGCCCGCACGUGCUGUGGUUCGGACAGGUGCGAGUGCCCCGGCAGCCCAGGUCCGAGCCCCAGCCCAGACACCAAGUGCAGCUGGGAGGAGCACGUGAACAGCGACGGCAACAAUUUGCUGCAAGCUCCCUGGUCCCAGGACCCGCAGGCGUGCUGCAACCACUGCGGCGAGCAGUCGGGGUGCGUGGCGUGGACCUUCAUUCAGGGCAGCCACGAGUGCUGGUUGAAGAGCUGGGUGCCGUCUAGGGACCAGUGGCGCUGGGACGACUCGGCCAUCAGCGGCCAAAUCGGGGCGCCGAGCCUCCAGGCGGCCCUUGAUGCGCCAAGCAACAGCUCGCUCCAGGGCCUCCUCUCCGAGACGAUCUACUGCAACCCCUACCUGCAGCAGAUGUGCCCCCCAGGUGACGUGGCGUGCCCGCAGUGUGGUUCGGACAGGUGCGAGUGCCCCAGCAGCCCAGGUCCGAGCCCCAGCCCAGACACCAAGUGCAGCUGGGAGGAGCACAGGAACAGCGACGGCAACAAUUUGCUGCAAGCUCCCUGGUCCCAGGACCCGCAGGCGUGCUGCAACCACUGCGGCGGGCAGUCGGGGUGCGCGGCGUGGACCUUCAUUCAGGGCAGCCACGAGUGCUGGUUGAAGAGCUGGGUGCCGUCUAGGGACCAGUGGCGCUGGGACGACUCGGCCAUCAGCGGCCAAAUCGGGGCGCCGAGCCUCCAGGCGGCCCUUGAUGCGCCAAGCAACAGUUCGCUCCAGGGCCUCCUCUCCGAGACGAUCUACUGCAACCCCUACCUGCAGCAGAUGUGCCCCCCAGGUGACGUGGCGUGCCCGCAGUGUGGUUCGGACAGGUGCGAGUGCCCCAGCAGCCCAGGUCCGAGCCCCAGCCCAGACACCAAGUGCAGCUGGGAGGAGCACGUGAACAGCGACGGCAACAAUCUGCUGCAAGCUCCCUGGUCCCAGGACCCGCAGGCGUGCUGCAACCACUGCGGCGGGCAGUCGGGGUGCGCGGCGUGGACCUUCAUUCAGGGCAGCCACGAGUGCUGGUUGAAGAGCUGGGUGCCGUCUAGGGACCAGUGGCGCUGGGACGACUCGGCCAUCAGCGGCAUACUGGGAGGUCGGUGA